UGCAUAUUUGUGCCAAUUUAUGCACGAACACAAGCUGCGUAUACGGAUACGAGUUGCUCAUCUUUAUUCUGUGAUUUUGUUUUCCAGUGUAUUUGGAACUAGAAUCGCGUGAGAAAUAUACAUAUAUGAGUGAACAAAGAUCGCGUAUCGAGUAAGCUGAAUAGAUCUGGAUCGUGGAAUAAAUUUCUAUACGUGGCAGGCAGUGUGAAGACGCAAAGAAACGAGGACGAGAACGACGACGACGACAACAACUGUGACUCAACCGUUGAAAUCAAACGUAAAGCUGUACUACAUACUCGAAUCAGCGAGAUAUUCACACGAUACAGCGUGCUGAUUCUAACCUUGAUCUCAUCUUACGUACACGUUCUCGAGACACUCGUGAAAUCGUGUAAAGUCGUGUCACGGGGUUAGCCGAAUUGACCACGGCGGAUCCAGCAGUCAAGUUGAAUUUGUUAAAAGGACGUGCGUAACAACGCAAGGAGUUUACCAUUCGUGGAAGAUAUAUCCAAGUUGCGAAUUUUCGAAUUACAACUGAUAAGAUGGGUCUAGGAAAGAAGAUGUCUGAAGAGAAUCCAGAGAUGAGGGAAAUGGCUGCACGUAUAUGUCGCGAUUAUCUUCAUGGAGUCUGGAAGCACGUUACCGCGGAGAACAUCGCGCUGAAACGCAUUAGCGGUGGACUGAGCAAUUGGCUGUACAACGUCCAGUUACCGGAUGGAACGGUUCCAAUUCGAGGCGAGCCUCGGCAAGUCCUGUUACGAUUGUACGGGCAAAUCCAUGGGGAAAGAGCUUUGGAAGGGCUGAUCACCGAGUCGGUGAUCUUUACGUUAUUGUCGGAAAGACGACUCGGGCCAAAGUUGCACGGUAUAUUUCCUGGCGGUCGAAUAGAGGAAUAUAUACCAGCUAGACCGUUACUCACCAAGGAAUUGGAGGAUCCGACUUUGAGCUCGAUGAUUGCCGAAAAAAUGGCUCAGAUUCAUUCGAUGCAGGUCCCGAUCAGUAAGGAACCAAGUUGGCUUUGGGAUACCAUGGCCAAAUGGUUAGACACUACCACAGAUAUCUUGGAAAACAUCGAAGACAUAGAUGCUCGACACCUGAAAAAUGUCAACGUGAUACGGGCAAUCGAUCUAGAUCAUGAGAUUAAGUGGUUCAGAUCGCUCGCCACGCGACAGAAGCAUGCAGUUGUUUUUUGCCACAACGAUAUGCAGGAGGGUAAUAUACUGCUGCGGCAAAACACGCGAAAACCGGAACUGGUACUCAUCGACUUUGAAUAUUGUUCUUAUAAUUAUCGAGGAUUCGAUAUAGCCAAUCAUUUCGUCGAAUGGCAGUACGAUUAUACAGCAGCGGAAUAUCCUUUCUUUCACGAACGCACAGGAUCUGGUCCUACGAAGGAGCAAAAGCUCAACUUUAUAAGAAGUUACUUAAGAACGGUCGGCAAAGAAGGACCGUCGGAAGAGGAACGAAUCAUCACGGAAAUCAAGAUAUUCUCUUUGGCCAGUCAUUUGUUCUGGGGACUCUGGAGUAUCGUCAACGCCAAAUUGUCCGAAAUUCCAUUUGGAUAUUGGGAUUACGCAGUUUCCAGAUUAAAGAAUUAUCAGUACUUGAAAGAGAAAAUUACAGCACCUGGAUCGCCAACAAUAGAUAACGACAUUACCGGUAAAAAAAUCACCGUGGAUUGAAAAGAUUCGCUGUCCGAUUGUCAUGGCGUAGAAUGCUUUUUCUGCGACGUGACAACGAGCGAUUGUUUGCCCGCCACAUUUUCAUGCGCUCGUAAUCAUCUUCUCAGAUUCAAAUGUAACACGAUGUUAUAUUGUUUUACUUUCUUACUAUCACAACUCGUGAUAAGUGUUUUCUAUUUCUAUCGAAAGAAAGAAAUGGUAUGUGAAAGCAGCAAGUGUGAGAAAUCGAGAUGAAAAACGAGCGCACGUGAGAAUGGGGGAGAGAGAGAGAGAGAGAGAGAGAGAGCCGGGGAGAGAAAGAGAGAGAGAUAGGGGGGGAGGAAGUGAGAAAGCGAAAGAGUAAUACGUGAACGGAAAUGGAAGAAGAAUAAAUGCCUUACGACAGAGAGCUAUCUAUCGACGCGGCGAGAUAUUCAUGAGCAAUUUCGCUUCUCCCGUUGUUUCCAUUUUUUUUUUUUUGUGCCUAGACUAUGACGUCGGUGAUGUGACUAAUCGGUAUGAACGAAGGAAUCCUACACUAGCUUCUCAUAGCAUAGUCUCUUAGCUUCGAAAUAAGCGGUAAGGUACUACGCAGCAAAGAGGGGCCUGUCCCUCCCGCCGUGGUCGGCAUUGCCCUGCCUUACGAAUUAGAAAUGUGAUAUAGAAUAAGAAACGUGUGCGAUAUCAUCCUGACGUUAUAAACUUUUCAGGUAAAUGCUGCUCAACUUCCUCACUAAUAUUUUUAGCCAGAUAUUGGAAAUCAA